AUGGCAAAUACUCUUACACGUACUUUUCUUCUCAGUUCACGAGUCGUACAAACAAAUGUUGUACGUACACUUGCUACUGGACAAGGAAAAGGUCCUAUGGAUUAUGUAAAACAAGGUGUAGAACAACUUAGUCAAGCAGCUGAAAAAGUUAAAGAAGCUGCUAGUAAUGCUACAUCAACAGUUGUUGGUGCUGUUACUGGUGAUUAUAAUACUAAUAAAAAUGUUGAGGAUGCUAAAAGACAUGGUAAUCGAGCUGCUGAUAAUUUUCGAAAUGCAGCUGAUGAAGCACAAAAUCGUUCUGGAUAUGGAACAACAAGUAGUAGUUCAUCAUGUUCCAGUGAUUCCACUAGUGGUCAAACAACCACUGAUAAAAUUAAAGAUAAAGCAAGUGAAUAUGCUCAACAAGCAAAAUCAACAGUUAAUGCAGCUGGUUCAACAGCUAAAAAUUAUGCUAAUCAAGCUGCUAAUAAAGCUCGUGAAGUCGCUGAUGAUGUUGCCAGUUCUGCUAAGAAUGCAGCUAAUAAAGCAUCUGAAUGGGUGAAAGAUACCAAACAAGAUUUAUCAUCAGAUUCUAAACGUACUGCGGAUGCAGCUAUCAAUAAAGCUCGUGAUGCAGUUAAAAGUGGUGCAGAUAGUGUCAAAUCAGGUGCUAAUAAAGCUGCCAGUGAAACUAAAAAGUCUUAUGUAUGUUAA